AUUAUGGAUUGGAUUUUCAACUUUAGUCAUUUCCCUUUUAAUUUGGAAACUAAAAUCCAAAAUUUUCUAACGUGUUGAUCCUCCUUUGACGGCUACAAGUAUUGCGAUUGGCCACUGCUAAAGAGUUUACAGAGUUACCCGCGCAACCCGGCACUAUAAUGCCAUAGACGCAAUGACAAAGAUUCUGCUUUGCUAAUUGAUGCAGUUUUUUGCUCCUUUAAUUCCUCAAUUUCUAUUCAAGGUAUCUACUUACUUACCAUCUUUGCUACUGCUUUUUCUUCCAUAAAUUGGAAUCAAGAGUCCAACCCUUAAUUUCUAAAUUUCUAUUCAAGGUAUAUAUUUACUUACCAUCUUUGCUGCCGCUUUUUCUUUCAUAAAUUGAAAUCGAGAUUCCAAAACUAGAGUGGCUGAUAGAGAGAAAAUGGACUGGGAGAAUCAAGAAAUGCAACACCACCACCAACAAGGAGAAGACUAUUUGCAGUAUCAAAUUCAAAAUGGGGUUUGUGGGAAAGUGAUGACCGAUGAACAGGUAGAGGAACUGAGGAAACAGAUCGUUGCCUAUUCCGCCAUUUCUGAGCAGCUUGCUGAGUUGCACAAAUCCAUGUCUGCCCACCACAAUUUUACUGGUAUAAGGUUGGGAAAUCUAUACUGUGAUCCAAUAUCAGCCUCUGUUGGGCACAAGAUCACUGCUAGACAGCGAUGGACUCCAACCGCAUUGCAGCUUCAAAUUCUUGAGAAUAUAUAUGAGCAAGGAACUGGAACACCAAGCAAGCAAAAAAUCAAAGAGAUAGCAUCUGAACUAGCACAACAUGGUCAAAUCUCUGAAACAAAUGUAUAUAACUGGUUUCAGAAUAGGCGUGCUCGAUCAAAAAGAAAGCUUCAAUCCUCUACAGAUUCAGUUAAUGCAGAAACAGAUAUGAGCACAAAAGAAAAAAGGACUAAACCAGUAGAUCCGGACUUCAUUACCAACAUUUCACAAGGAGUUGAAAGCUUCUAUUUCCAAGCUUCUAUUUCUCGAGGCUAUGAUUCUUACAAUAAUCUAGCUGAACAAUUUGGGUUACUAGGAUGAUGUUUAUGUAAGAAUUGAUUUAGAAAGGAUGACAUUAAUAUUUUUUUAUAAUUAAAAAUUGAAUUGAGCCAUUUCUGAAAAA